AGGUCGCCGUACACGCACGUGCCCACCUCCUCCCCUAACUCACAACCGAACGAAACUUGCGAUCAACUCUUCACUAUGAACCCAAUGAACCUGAGCCGCAGCUGGUUGCUGCUGCUGCCGCUGGUGCUGACAGUGGCAGCUGACACGAGACCUUACGCCGCUGCAAACUCCCAGAGGGUGGACGAUCAGUUUGAGGAGGCCAAGUACGACUUCGCGUGGGGGGUCAAAGACGACGAGUCCGGAAAUAUGUUCAACCAAGUGGAAACCCGCGACGCAGACGUCACCAGGGGCGCCUACUAUGUAGCCCUGCCCGACGGGCGUCUCCAGAAGGUUACGUACUACGUUGACGGAGACUCUGGCUUCGUAGCGGAGGUGACGUACGAAGGGGAAGCUCAAUUCCCCCAGCCUGGUGAGCACCAGCAGCAAAGCUACGCACCACAAUACAGCUAAUGCAGCGGUGCAGUGGUGGUGCCCAACAGUACUGGGACCGUUCUUUCCAAAUUUGCUUGAGUGCACGUUCUUGUUUGUGGUGGAGAGUUUAGUUUGAGAAGCUAUCUAUGAUUGGCUGACGUAACUAUGAACUCUUGGCCACUUUUGGUAGUACGGCCCCUGUUGAUUUACGGUACAGUAUUGCAGCACUGAAGUGAGACAAAAUGCUGUGUUGCAAUAGUGCACACAAUAUUAAGCUGUACUGUGAUGGUGUACUGGGUGCCCACUCUUUCCCCCGCUCUCGACAUACCAAAUUAUCAUUUAAGGCAGCGAGUAAAAUCUUCUUCAAA